AUGAAAAGAUGUAAUCUCACGAAUACUACUAAAUUAAUCAUUACUUCUGGAAUAAUUUUCAGUCCUCUUUUUAAUACUACUACUACUACUACUACUACUACUACUACUACUACUACUACUACUACUACUACUACUACUACUACUACUACUACUACUACUACUACUACUACUACUACUACUACUACUACUACUACUACUACUACUACUACUACUACUACUACUACUACUACUACUACUACUACUACUACUACUACUACUACUACUACUACUACUACUACUACUACUACUACUACUACUACUACUACUACUACUACUACUACUACUACUACUACUACUACUACUACUACUACUACUACUACUACUACUACUACUACUACUACUACUACUACUACUACUACUACUACUACUACUACUACUACUACUACUACUACUACUACUACUACUACUACUACUACUACUACUACUACUACUACUACUACUACUACUACUACUACUACUACUACUACUACUACUACUACUACUACUACUACUACUACUACUACUACUACUACUACUACUACUACUACUACUACUACUACUACUACUACUACUACUACUACUACUACUACUACUACUACUACUACUACUACUACUACUACUACUACUACUACUACUACUACUACUACUACUACUACUACUACUACUACUACUACUACUACUACUACUACUACUACUACUACUACUACUACUACUACUACUACUACUACUACUACUACUACUACUACUACUACUACUACUACUACUACUACUACUACUACUACUACUACUACUACUACUACUACUACUACUACUACUACUACUACUACUACUACUACUACUACUACUACUACUACUACUACUACUACUACUACUACUACUACUACUACUACUACUACUACUACUACUACUACUACUACUACUACUACUACUACUACUACUACUACUACUACUACUACUACUACUACUACUACUACUACUACUACUACUACUACUACUACUACUACUACUACUACUACUACUACUACUACUACUACUACUACUACUACUACUACUACUACUACUACUACUCCUACUACUACUACUACUACUACUACUACUACUACUACUACUACUACUACUACUACUACUACUACUACUACUACUACUACUACUACUACUACUACUACUACUACUACUACUACUACUACUACUACUACUACUACUACUACUACUACUACUGUAGUGAACGAGAACACAGUACAGUAUAGAAAUCUCUUCGCUAAAAAUAGAACACAUUUCAUUUUAAAUUAUGCCAUGGAAGAAUUGAAUUCACCUAAAAAUAAAAAAAAUAUCACACUAAUCAAUCAAUCAUCCGAUCAUGUGGAUGACCUUAAAAUAGUAGUAGAAGUAGUAAAUAAGUAG